GAACAUUUAGAGGUGUGUGUAAGAAGAUCGAUCACUUCCCAGAGGACGCCGACUACGAGGCAGAUGCUGCUGAAUACCUCCUCCGUGCUGUGCGUGCUUCCAGCAUAUUCCCCAUCAUGAGUGUGGGUCUGCUGUUCCUCGGGGGCCUCUGCGUGGCCGCCAGUGAGUUUUACCGAAGCCGACACAACGUUAUCCUCAGUGCAGGAAUCUUCUUUGUCUCUGCAGGCCUCAGUAACAUCAUUGGAAUUAUUGUAUAUAUCUCAGCCAACUCUGGCGACCCGGGUCAGAGUGACAGCAAGAAGUCCUACUCCUACGGCUGGUCCUUCUACUUCGGCGCCCUCUCCUUCAUCAUGGCUGAGAUGGUGGGCGUUUUGGCCGUGCACAUGUUCAUUGAGAAGCACCGCAAGCUACGGGCCAAAUCCCGCACCGAGCUAAUCAAGAAGUCCGCCUUCAGCCGCAUCCCGUCCUACCGCUACCGCUUCCGGCGCCGUUCCAGUGUGCGUUCCUCCGAAGCCCCCAGCCGCGAUGCCUCACCGCUGGGCAAAGGUGGCUACACAGGGCCCGCUGCCUCCGAGAUGCCCAUGUACACGCUGAACCCACGGGAGGCCGGCAACGCUGGCACCAAAUCAGGUGGCGGCAUGGGCGGGCUGCUCAAUUCAGAGAGGGAGUUCCUCCAGAGCAGCACGCUCACUAAAGACUACAGCAAGGACCCCAACCGCAGGACCACGCCUGUCUGA